AUGGCUCCUCCUCGACGUCAUAUCGGAGCUAGCCGCAGAAAAAGACGUGAGGAAGAUGGCGAAGAUGAGGGUUCAAUGGCUGGAGACCUGGGAGAUGAUUCUUUGAGUGAAGGCUCCGUUGGUAGCAACCAAGAGGACGAGGAUGCGGAUGGCGAAAUCAGCGAAGAAAGCGAGGGCGAGGUUUCUACAAUGGCAAAAAGCGAGCAAAUCAACGGCAAAGGGCAAAAGUUUACAAGGAACAGCUCUGUCUCACCAAAACCAGGGCUAAAGACAACUGUUUCGGACACAGAGGCAAUGUUGAACGGGUUGAAGGUUUCAGACGCUGGCGACGCCGCGGAGAUUCAAUUUGACCAACUCAAAGAACAACGGGAUUCUCAGACCGGCAGAACACCGUCAGCCCCUCCAACCGAACCGAAGCAGAACAACUUGGCAUCCAAAAAGCGCCGCGAGAAUGACAAGUACGUCAAGGAGCGAGAACAAAACCCGGCUUUUGUUCCCACUCGCGGCAGCUUCUUCCUUCACGAUAAACGAUCGACGGAAAAUGGCAAUCGCUCUAGCAAGAGCAAGUCUCGCCCAUAUGGUCUUAUCGUAGACGGAAACGCCAGAAGGUACAGCCAUGACUCGAACGCUGGUGAUUCUAUUGCUAACAUGACUACAAGGUCUUCUAAACCCGAUGCCAGCGGGGGACAAUGGGCACACGACCUGCACGAUACCGUGGCUGGCGCCGAUAGAUCUCCACCAAAGCGCCUUAUACCGUCGGCAAUGCCUAAUCCCGUUUUACCUGUUCCCACCGCACCAAGGUCCUCUCCGCCAAACCGAUCAUUCUCUAGCACAACCUUGGUUGGAAAUGUUCCUGUCGUCGUUUCCUUGCCCGGCAUGGCCAGCCCAAUCCAUUUCUCUGCUGUGCCUAAGAGACUUCACACUCGUCUUCCUCAACACCGACCUCCUCUGCGACGUGACAAACCGGUUCGGAUCUCUCUUCCUAGUCAGCCUCCACGAUACAUAUUCCCUUCGGUGGAGCGCUCAUUCAUAUUUAUUCCUCGCGCCUUGCGGCCGAACCAAGUCUCUCGGGGCCGAGGGGGGCGUGGUGGUGGCUGGUACAGUGGUCGUCGACCCAGCUACUACCCCAACUCCUCGUACACGCCGAGUGUCGUCAGCCGCCGAUCUUCUUUUGGCGUGCCACCCUCUCAGGACGGAUGGCCAUCACCUGCGGGGUCUGUUUACUCCAGACCCACAAUACCCACUGAGCCGAAGCCCGUCGUCCGCCUUCCUCCUCCACCUCGCCCACCUGUCGGGAUCCCACCAUUUGGUCCUGCGAUGGCCAUGCCACUUCCUCACCCAGCUUACCGGGAAAGCCGACCGGCCCCGAUUCCAAUGCAUCAACCUCGUCCUCAAAAGACUGUCUCCGUGGCGGAUAUUGAAAGCCCGGUGACUUUCCCCUUCCCUUUUAAUCCUCCUCAGCCCCAACAAGAACAGCCAUUCCACCAUCAGGUCCCUGUCCCCGUUCCUGUCCAUGGUCCUCUUGAAAAUGAAAUGACUGCCCACGGACCACCCAGUCAACCCUCGGCCACUCCGCUCUCUCAAAUCCCGGAGCGGGCUAUUCAUGCUGCACCUUUCCAACCCUAUACCUAUCAGCAACCUGGGUAUUACCCUCCGAGCUAUCCACCGGGUGGGAUGUACUACCCGAAUUCGGGCCCCGAAUUCACUGGUUACAAUGGACCCGUGGGACCUGGAGCGUCAGUCCCAAACUUCCCGGGACAGCAAGCCAUGCCCUACACAGCUGGCGACCGGACAUCUCAGCCAGGCACUGUUGCCCAUGAAUCUGGAGGCACUGUCUAUUUCUAUGAUGCCAACAAUAUGUAUGGAGGUCCAGGGUCAGGAUCAGGUCCUGGAGGUGUAGUUGGGAUGGGUGGAAUGAUGACACCGCCAGGUACCACCUUCUACUACCAACAGCCGGCUCAGUACUAUUCGCAGUAA